AUGAAGAGAAGACACACUUGCCAGGAAUCGGAAGAAAAAUGGAAACAACUGUUGACAUUGUCACAGUUUGGAACCAAACACCACCUUCCAAUGUCAAUGCCAAUGUCAAUGCCAAUGGGCAACAACAAGAACGACGACGACGACGACGAUCCUCAAGCCGAUAACAACCACAACAAUAGCAACAACGGAUUUUUUGAUUGCCAAGGGAUGGAGGCUCCCACUACAAAAACUUUAGUCGAUGGGGUGCUGGAAGAAUUUACCGCCAAGUGGAGAGCCUUGGACGCUCGUCGUAUUCUCAUCGACAACGAUCAAAACGAUAAUAAUAACACUGAUUCCAAGGAAAUGCCACCGCCACCACCCAAACGAAAAUAUCGUCGAGGAGGCUGGGAACAUACGCAAGAGCAACUAUUGACAUUGCCACCAAAUUUUGACUACACUACUUCCAACGAUCGUCCUCCAUCGCCUAGUCCAAACGACAAACACGACAAGGUCAUUGAUUUGCUCAAUCCGACCCAACAUUAUUCCUAUCACCAAGAAUUGUGGAAGUUGUUUCAACAAAUUCCAACUCUGGAAGAUUUAUUGGACGAAUCCAGAGCCAAUGCGCAAAUUCCCAAUUCUUUGGCAGUACAUUCCGAAAUGCAAAAGGGCAACCAAUUGGUUCAUAGGAUGGAUGCCCAUGCACUUUGUCGAUUGCGCAUGUCCCAUCGGCACGGAUUGCCUCCACCGCCCAUAACAACAACAACAACAACAACAACUUGUCUUGACGAUGAUAAUAAUAACAACAACAACAAAAUGGUGGGGACCAUUCGGUUCGAAUUUUGGCGGCGACAACCAAAGCGAGGCCCGGGUCCGGAUCCUCGGCGAAUGGUCUUGGAGUUUCUGUCGUCGCAAACCUUGUUGGAUGUCCAUCAUGCCAUUGUAGGCAUGACGGAGGAUGAUGAUUGGACAGCAUCUCAAAAGGAUGAUACUAAUGAUGCAGGCUGCUUUUUCAUUGAAGAGACCUUUUAUACAACCAAUGGAAGAGAAAAAGACGAUGAUGAACGCCGAGCUAACAACGAUGAGAAUACUCAGAACGCUGCAAUGACAACGGCAAACAGUACUGUUGGCGGUGCUGCUGCCGCCAAUACGACCAAUCGUCCAGAUGAAAAUGGUACGCCAGCGGCGACAAGUGUCGCGGCUCUUGCAGAAAAUGAUGACAACAACGGUGACAAUACUGGUGAUGGUACAGCUUAUAAUAAUGCUAGUGCUACCGCUAGUAGCAAUGAUGCUGGAAUGGAUUACGUGACCACAAUCGCCCAAUGGCUCGAUGGUGGUGGAAUUCCCAAUCCUACGCGGCGACAGUACCUAGGAAUCGCCACGAGCAAUCGAUUUCGGAGUAGUACCCCCAUGAAAGACGCCAUUUUGAAAGACAUUCCAUUUCGAUUGGGUGUGCGAUAUUAUCAUGUCAUGCAUGGGGAUGUCGAGUGUUCGGUAAUGGUGACCGACAAGCGUCUCGUAUCAGAGCCAUCAGCAGGAGCCAACACUAAUAUUCCCAAUAACAAGACACCGCAACAAUAUCCAAUCAUUCAUGACAUUUGGGUGCCCAACUAUCCGGUCCCCAUUUGUGAGGCUUGUGAUCGGUUUGCGGCAGUCUAUGUGUACUUUCAUAGAGGGACGCCAGCACAAAAGUAUCAAGAUGGAGAUCCCAAAGGACUUUGUGACAAUUGUUGCAAAGCUUUGAAACUGUUGGAAAAGGAGGAGGCUCGGGGUGCCCUCCAACUUUAUCAUGUUUGGAAAAACAAGUUUGAAUUAUCCACCGCCAUGGUGCGAAGCGAACAAUGUCGAUUCUUCUAG